AAAAAACCGCUUAGUGAGUGGUAUCUCGUGCGGUGAAAUUUGUGUCUCCGGUCGGUAAAAAAAAAUUUCUCCACAGUGUUCUAAUCACCAACAACGCUCUGUCUGUCCUCCGACAUGGCGUCGGGGACAGACCCCUUUCCCCUAGGGGAUGUGGGUCCGUCAAAUCGUCGCGAUGGUACAUUUGCUGGGCCUCUCUUUCCUGAAUGGGGAGACCCGCACGGCAACCAUGGUCAACUGGUGAUGAUGAGGAUGGAAGCCGUCUCAGGAAUUCUUCCCCAGGCGCCUUUCCUUCUCAGAAAAUCCGUGGAAAGUUAUCUGUGAGUGAAAGUGGACGGAGCUUACCCUGAGAAAAGAGGCGCCACGUAUGUUCUGAAACUACGGAACAAAAAUCACGUUGAAAAGCUGAAGAAAAUGUCCAAACUAACUGACGGCUUCCCGAUUAAGAUCGUGGAGCAUCCGGUUCUCAACGUGUCGAAGUGUGUGAUAAGCUGCAGCGACACCUGUAUCUACUCGGACGAAGAACUGGUUGAAGAACUGAGGGACCAGGGCGUUAAAGAAGUGCGGAGGAUUACCAAGCGCGAUGGCAACCAACGAGUCAAUACCCCAACCAUCAUUUUGACUAUCCAAGGCACCGUUGUUCCAGAAGACAUCUACGUUGGGUGGAUCCGAUGUCGAACUCGCCCGUUUUAUCCCACACCGAUGCUGUGCUACUGUUGCUGGGAUUUUGGACACACGCGUGCUCGCUGUCAGCUCCAAAGCAACCCUAUUUGCGGCAACUGCUCUGGUAAGCACACAAGUACCCCCGAAACUCCAUGCACGCUUGCUUCUUUCUGCAAACGAUGUAACACAAACGAUCAUCCACUGUCAAGCCGUAAGUGCCCCAUCUACGUCAAAGAAGAUGAAAUACAACACCUCCGGGUAGACUUAGGCGUAUCCUAUCCAGCAGCAAAACGUCAGUACGACCUAAGGUAUAGCUCGAAAUCAAUGGCAUCUACCGUAGCAGCCAGCAAUGAUCAGCGCUUUGCCGAACUCUCGGCAAAACUGGACAACGUAUUGAAGGAAGUUAAAGCCAAGGACGAUAAGAUUGAAGCACUACUCACCGAAAUCAAAAACAAAAACGCCCAGAUAGAAAGGUUGGAAUCGGCAAUGAAACUAUCACCUCAAGAAAGGCUGAAGCUGGUAAAGGAGCAUGGCACUAUCGAGGAUCUUGUUGGCAAGAUCCGCUCUCUGGAAGCAGAUUUGGCAAGAAAGGACAAAGAAGUCGCCGUGAUUCGUGAUAUUUACAUCCCAAAGAAAACCACCAAAACUAACUAUGGAAACAGAACCACGAACACCGACUGGUCGAAUGAAUCUGACGUAGGAAACGAUGGACACAAAUUAUCCCACAAUCUCAACCCUGAAGCUGCAAACGCUAAGAAAUCGAAAGCAAAAAAGAAAGCUAUGAAAACCGACAGUAAUGAAUGCCUCAACAAACGCACUAGAAACCGCCUUUCGCCAAUCACAACCCUUGAAUGCACACCCACAUCAGAAUCAAGCCCGGAAGUUAUCGUCACUGACAUUUCCUCAGGCGACGAACCGAUGCUGAACGCAUCUGGGUAUAUAUCCGACACCUAAAUACCAGACAGCUCAUCUAGUCCCCUCCGAAGCAUCUGUUCGACACCUUAGUAGAAACGCAAAAUAGCCUUCUAUAACUUUCCCUCGAAAAACUGUUAUUGAUACAGAGAGAAAUCCAAAAAUGGAGCGGACUAGCCAAGCCACGCCAAUACUGAACAACCACGCCAUGAUACCAGACAAUCCUACAACCAGAAGCGCUCAACAUUUAUACCCGGCGGAGCUACGAAGCAGUCGAGGCACCGCCAGUGCGGACGUAUAUGCCACACCGGAAUUGACGGACACCCCUCGACACUUCGUGGCGGUCGGAAGAGGGACGGACAAGGGAGGCAACUCCUAUCCCCCUAUGGACACCGAGGGAGCCAAGCCAUCUCUAAACCAACAUAAAAUCGACAAAGCUCUUCGCAGGGGUAGUCGGGAAGAACAUCACCCUCCGCUGGACAACGAGGGAUCCAAAAAACCUCAGAAUCAGCUACGAUAUAGUGCUAGACCAACCGUAAACACAUUUCCUGCGCUGCCGCAAAGUGCUAGAUCAGACGCCAUCAUCUAUGAUUCAUUUCAACUCAAACAUAGAGGAAUCACUUCUCCCGUAGCAAGUUCUUCUGGUAAUGCUUCGAACCGAGUUGAAAGGAAUAGUCCAUCACGCCGAUACG